AUGGCUGUCGGUGGAACGGUGAGUGAGACUCUGAGCGGAUCUGGCUGAGAUGGCAGGUUUCUUCCGGAGCUUGUUUCUGCUGAGAAGAGUCUCUGUUGGAUAAUUUGCCAAGGAUGCCGAUUCGCUCAACACACGGUAAAUGGAGAUUAAUUUGGGUUUUUAGAAAAAGACUGUUGAAAACAUCAACUCCCGCUUGGCUAUGGUCACCAAGUCCGGAAAGUACUGUCUCGGAUACAAGCAGACCUUGAGAACCCUCCGCUCAGGAAAGGCCAAGCUUGUCAUCAUUAGCAGCAACACUCCAGCUAUCAGGUUAGUUUAUUUUGUUAUAUUUUUGUUGGUCUAGGUAAGAAAGGAAGCGUUUUUACUGAAGAUUGUUGUUGGAAAGCUAAAAUUAUAGUACAGGUCUUUCUGUGAAGUUUUAGGUAUAAAAUAUCGUUUUAUUUGCAUUUCAAGUUUUAUAGGUAUAAAUUUAGGUUUUUGGAUUGAUUGUAAGUGCGUAAAACAUUAUUUAUCGUUUUAGUUUACUAGUGAAGAAGUUUUAAACACUGGUUUGGGUAAUAUUACUUUUUAUCUUUGUAAAAAUGUUCUUUUACUAACUAAAACAUUAUUUCAGACGUUCCGAGAUCGAGUACUACGCUAUGUUGUCCAAGACUGGAGUUCACGAAUACCACGGUAACAACAUCGAAUUGGGAACCGCUUGCGGUAAACUCUUCCGUGUCUCCAUGCUCUCAAUCACCGACGCCGGAGACUCAGACAUCAUCCGUGUUAUCCCUUCUGAAUAA